AUGGCGAAUUGUCACUUUUGGCGAGAAUUUUGUCCGUACAACUCGUAUGAUAAGAUUAAUAGGUUUUGGGGUGACAUGGUCAGAACUGAACAGAAACAUACACAUUGUACGAAAGACCACCUAGUUCAGCGCCUUGACUCAUUGCUCAGCAUAUCUCUGGCCUCACUGUCGCCUCAAACCGAUCACGUAAGAUGGCCCAGUGAGAUGUUAUUUGGCAAGAGCACUUUGCCUCUGUGGGGAUUGGCGAGUCUCCGUUGUCUCACUUGGGGAUAUACUCCCAUCCACGGUCAAUCCACACAGAAGCAUAGUUUUAUCCUCUUGUAG